AUGGUGAAUGUAUGGGGUUUCCGUGUAAUACAGGCCGGUGACGACACAUGUCAACCGCUUAACACGGCUUCAGGCAGCCGUCAAGUCCUCUUCUGCCCCCUGACUCCGGCGCUGUCUAGUACCGAAGUGGGCCUGGCGCUUUCAGUUCGUCUUCAACUUGCGAUGCGAAUUCGUUGGCCGACCAGUCGGGCCUGUGCAUCCACGCAACAUGGCAUGACAUGGCAUGGCAUGUUCUGUAAGGCCUCGGGACAGGCUGUUGGCUCCUGUCGUCCAGGAAAUCAAGUUGGCCAAUCUAACCUGAGGCCAGUUGCGACUUGGCAACAGUUGCGCUGGCCGGCGUGGAUGCGGCCUGCCGGAGGGUAA